AUGAAACUCGGCCGCGGGAUUAACGUCGAGCACAUCAAGCGCAUGACGCUGCGCACGGUGCGCGAGAGCACCGAGGGACAGGCCGAGACGCUUUCUUUCCUGGAUGCACUGGAGCGCAACGAUUUCGACGAGACCAAGUGCAAGCGCGAGGCGCGUCAGAUGAUGCUCGUGCUGGACGACAAGAGGAAGCGGCGCGCUGCGGAACAUCGUUCGACGCUCAACUUUCACGUGAUCCGGAUGAUGAAAGGGCACCACGAUCCGCGGGACAUUGCAUUGGAAUUGGUUGAAAGCACAAGUGGCAUGUGA